AUGUUCAGCUUAGUCGCUUCGAGUGCUGCAUCCGAGCGCACGUUUUCGACUAGAAGCUUCAUCCACAACAAGCUUAGAAAUGCGCUGAGUGCACCGAAAAUCGAAAAGCUUCUUUACAUCAAGGCCAACCACAACUACAAGCGCGAAAACGGCGAUAGUUACGAGAAUGACCAAGAACUCAGUAGUGAAGAGUAG